UGUGACUAUACAUUCACUCCGGUUAACUUUCUUCAUGUCAGGAUGAGCAAGUUUCAUAAUAAUUCCACUAAUGGCUUAUUUUCAAAUUUAUCUACAACGUCACCACUUAUUUCUUCUGCCAAUAUAACAUCCACAAUAUGGCGGCCAAUAUCACCUGUCAAUGUGACACAUUUAGUAAAUUCUUCAGUGGAUGUAGAUUUACUAGAAAAUGUCUCCAUGUACCUCUGGAUCGUGGUUUCACCAAUCCUCUUCGUAGUUGGUGUGAUCGGUAAUGUACUAACUAUUGGUGUGCUAAAGCAAAUGAAGUUCCAGAAGAAAUCCCCACUUUUCUUUCUGUUUGUUCUAGCUUUAUGUGAUAUAAUGGUUCUAUGUGUUGGACUUAGCAGGUACUGGAUUAAAGAAACAUUUUCCUUAGAUAUUCGCGCUCUGUCUGACUUCGGUUGCAAGUUUAAUUUGUUCUUUAUCUAUUGGUCAAUGCAGUUAUCCUCAUGGGUUUUUGUAUGUGUUGUUUUGGAACGUUGCAUAAAAUCUAACUUUCCAUAUCGUUAUCCAAGAAUAGUUACUAUUCCAAGAUGUAUAUCUUUGGUAUUUCUACUAAUGUUUAUCUUAGCUGGAGUAGAUAUGCAUUAUUUCUGGACAAACGGUUUAAUUCCAGAUGGACCGGAAUGGGAGUGUAAUUCUCUGACAGACGCAUAUGGCAAUUUUGAAGAAUUUGUUUUCACGUACGUGGACUUCACAGUUUUGUCUGUUGUUCCGUCUCUAUUGUUAAUUGUGAUGAACGCAACCAUAAUUCGUGUGAUUCGACAUUCUAGAAAAUUCCGCAAAUCUACCAUCUGGGAUAAACGCACAUAUAAAAAACUGAAGAGAUUGGAUACAAGAUUGACCAGAAUGUUAGUAUAUACCAGUGUGUAUUUCCUUAUGACCACUCUACCUAUAAGUAUCUACUUCAUCGUGGAUUCGUAUGAAAAAGACUUAAAUGAUCUUGGGAAAGCGAAAAUGCACGUGGUGUGGUCUACUGCCUAUCUCUUUCAGUUUACAAAUUACACUUUAAAGUCAUGUUUGUACAGUUUUACCAACCGAGACUUCAGAAGAAAAGCCAUGGGCUUAAUUACCUGUAAAUUAACAAAACAGGAGAGGAAAUCGAAGAAAGACUUGAUAUACACCGUUUCAACAACAGAAACACCAUUCGAGUCGGAGGAUAGCAAGAGUUCUGAGGAUUUAGAAGAGAGUAUAGUCAUCAUAUCAGAUAAACUGUGAUAGACGUCAGGCUAUCUAUAACAGGGAUAUUCACAAGUUCCCUAUGACGUCAGGCUAUCUAUAACAGGGAUAUUCACAGGUUCCCUAUGACGUCAGGCUAUCUAUAACAGGGAUAUUCACAGGUUCCCUAUGACGUCAGGCUAUCUAUAACAUGGAUAUUCACAGGUUCCCUAUAUCGUUCGAAGAUGAGAGGAUCAUUAGUUACUUUUUCUCUACCAUGUGCAACUUCAUUUAUUAUCAAGUGUUAUCGGUUUCUUUACAGAGUUUGUGUUAGAUAUUUAUAUAGCCUUUACAAUGAAUAAUACGCUUUUUAUCAAUCAUUCCUAUUUAUGUUACAACUGCAGAUUGAAAGAUAUUUAAUUUAAUAUGGUAACAUCAUUAU